AUGGUGGUGGUCGGGGAUGUGAUUGUGACCAAAAUCAUCGAGAAGUUGGUGGAUAUUGGGCUCGAGUACGCAGCAGGACAGUAUUCUGCUCGGGAUACUCGGAUGAAAGAUGAGCUUGAAAGGCUCAAGGAAGCCCCUUCCUUGCAUCAAAGCUGUUGUGGAGAUGGCAGAAAGCGGGCGGCAAGAGAUCGAGGGAGGGCUCAACGAAUGGUAGAUUUGAUAGAAUACGCUACGCAAAGUAGACCUGAAGUCAGAGGGCUUGGCGCUCUGCAAGAAGCUCUUAAGAAACUGGUAUCGUCUGGGAAAUUUCUCCUUGUCUUGGAUGACGCAUGGAAUGAUGACAAUCGAUCUGAGUGGGAUAAAUUGUUUGCUCCUUUGAGGAGCGGCCAUAAAGGAAGCAAAAUCUUGUUAACUACUAGAAUUGUGACAGUUGCAAAAAUGGCUGCAUCUAGGGACUCUUGUGAUUAUAGGAAGUUGGAAUCCAUUGGCGAGAAAAUAGCAAAAAGGCUUGGGGGCUUACCAUUGGCUGCAAAGACGAUUGGGGCGUUAUUGAAUUCUAAGUUGGAUGAUGAUCAUUGGACCAGGAUUUUGCAAGCGAACAAUAUAUCCGAUCAAGCACAGGAGAGGGAUGGUGUGAUGGCGGUUUUGAUGUUAAGCUAUCACCAUUUAUCAAUGCAUUUAAGACCAUGUUUUGCUUAUUGCAGCAUCUUUCCUCAAGAUUAUUUUUUCAGGAAAGAUGAUCUAGUCUUCAUGUGGAUGGCUCUUGGCCUCAUUCAAAAAUCUUCCCAAUAUCCAAACGAGACAUUGGAGGACACCGGAAGGGGCUACUUCGACGAUCUAGUGAAACUGGGCUACUUCGACAAAUUCGUGAACCUAUCAUUUUCCGAACAACAUUACUACGGAGCUGGCUACAACAUGCAUGAUCUUUUGCAUGAUCUAGCAUGUAAAGUAUCUCAUGACGAAUGCUUUACAUUUGUUGGAGACAUGUCGAUUGAUCAGAUCCCGAAUACAGUACGUCAUCUGUAUUUUGAAACAGACAAACCUGAGCUUCUUAAAGAUGUGGGCAAACGGAAGAAUCUCCGCGCACUUGUGUUAGUCUUCAGAGGAUAUGUCAAUGAGCAUGCUAAGGCUUUUGAAGAAGCGUUUAAAGUAUUGGAAAGCAUUCGGGUGCUACGCCUAGCUGUUGACGGCAUGAACGUAUUGCCGGAUGCGAUUGGUGACCUGAGGCAUAUUAGAUAUUUGUCGAUUCUUCAUCAUAUUUCUCGGUUACCAGGUUCAUUCUGUAGGCUCUACCAGCUGCGAGUCCUUGACUAUUAUCUUUUUGCUGCCGGGACUGUUCUUGGCUUGAAUAAUCUUGUUAGUUUGAGACACCUGAUGCCAUGUGAAGUUUACUAUGAAAAAAUCGAGGGGAUUGGGACAUUAAUUAACUUCACUCCAACGUUGCCAUUGUCUGAUGAGACCAAGCUAGCAUUCUUCAUCUACUUGUGGCACCCAAAAACGAAGGGUGGAAUUGGAAAGUCGGUGUUUCAAUACAUGUAUUAA